CCAACCAAACGUCCCCUUAUUCUAGCUAUAGGAAAACGUCAUCUCAAACAAAAAAAAACAAAAAAAAAGAGGGGAGUAGGGGUUUACACUUUUAGCAGAGGGCACAGUGAGCCACUGAGGGCAUUCCACACAAGAAUCCACAUUCUCCAUGGCGGAACACUUGACACUACCGCCGCCAACAACAGAAAUGUCCAACGCCACUCUUACCGACACACCACCAUCCACCCUACCACUAGCCCGCUUCUCAAAGCGCGUCCCAAUCGCCUCCAUCCUCAACCGCCCCGACGGCGGCGCCUCCCUCGCUGGACAAACUGUCGUCAUCGGAGGGUGGGUUCGUACCGGCAGAGAACAAGGAAAAGGUGCGUUCGCCUUCCUUGAACUCACCGAUGGUUCGUGCGCCGCCAAUCUCCAAGUCAUGGUCGACGCUGCGGUUUACGAUUUGAGCCAAAUUAUUCACACUGGUACAUCUGUUUCUCUCUCCGGCACCCUUAAGACGCCGCCUGAAGGUACCAGGCAGAAGAUUGAACUUAGGGUUGAUAAAGUCUUGGAAUUGGGUCCUGCUGAUCCUUCUACUUAUCCUUUGCCUAAAACUCGGCUUACACUUGAGUUUCUGCGCGAUCGUUUGCAUCUCCGACCUCGAACUAACCUGAUAUCUGCUGUUAGCCGAAUUCGGAAUGAACUUGCAUAUGCAACUCAUGUAUUUUUCCAAGAGCAUGGUUUUCUGUACUUGCAUACACCCAUCAUCACCACUAGUGAUUGUGAGGGUGCAGGUGAGAUGUUUCAAGUCACAACGUUGAUAAACGAGACAGAAAAGGUGGAGAAAGAGUUGAAGGAAAACCCAGCUCCAUCAGAAGCUGACAUUGAAGCAGCAAAGCUUGUUGUUCAGGAAAAAGGGGAAGCUGUUAAGAAACUUAAGGAAGAUAAGGCAAGCAAAGAGGAAAUUAAGGCUGCUGUUACACUAUUAACUAAAGCUAAAGAGGAUCUUGCCAAGUUGGAAGAGAGAGCUAAGCUUAAACCUGGGCUUCCCAAAAAGGAUGGGAAAAUAGAUUAUUCGCAAGACUUCUUUGCUCGUCAGGCAUUCUUGACGGUUUCAGGACAACUGCAAGCUGAAUCUUUUGCAUGUGCCCUUGGUAGCGUUUACACAUUUGGGCCGACAUUUCGUGCUGAGAACUCCCAUACUUCCAGGCAUCUUGCUGAGUUUUGGAUGCUGGAGCCAGAAAUGGCAUUUGCAGAUCUUGAGGAUGAUAUGAACCUCGCAGAGGCAUAUGUACAAUUUGUUUCUCAGCGGUUACUUGACAGGUGCCUUGAUGAUAUGGAAUUGAUGGUCAAAUUCGUUGACAAGACCGCAAUUGAUCGUUUGAAAAUGGUUGCUUCAACUCCUUUUGUGAGAAUUACUUAUACAGAAGCAGUGAAGAAGCUCCAGGAAGCUACAGAUAAAAAAUUUGAGAAUAAAGUUGAAUGGGGGAUUGAUUUAGCAACUGAGCAUGAAAGAUACUUGAGUGAGGUCUUAUUCAAGAAGCCAGUCAUAGUGUAUGACUACCCGAAAGAUAUUAAAGCAUUUUAUAUGAGGCUCAAUGAUGAUGGAAAAACCGUUGCUGCAAUGGAUGUGCUUGUGCCCAAGGUUGGUGAACUGGUUGGGGGAAGCCAGAGAGAAGAGCGUUACGAUGUUAUAUGCAAAAGGAUUGUUGAUAUGGGAUUGCCUUUGGAGACAUACGAGUGGUACCUCGACCUCAGGCGCUACGGCACUGUGAAGCAUUGUGGAUUUGGUUUGGGAUUCGAGAGGUUGAUUCUUUUUGCCACUGGCAUUGACAACAUCAGGGAUGUCAUUCCUUUCCCACGGUACCCAGGGAGGGCAGAUUUAUAAGGAUGGAUAGCUUUGAGACUAAUGAUAUCGGUAAUACUUACAUUUGCCUAUUUGCCAAAACGGCUUGUUGUCCUUGCAUAAUUACAAGGAAAAUUACAAAAGCAAAACUCCUUGAUGUCUUAGUUAUGGAUUUCACUUAUGGGAUUGGUGAUGACCUUGAAGCCCAUUUUUUGUACUCUUUUUACGUUGUUACAUCUGCUUACGGUAAUUGUGAUCAAACUGAAAAAUUGCUGACCAUAUUUUCUUAUUUAUACAUAUACUUCCUCCGUUUCACAA